CCCCCCCCCCCCCCCAUCCCCCAUCCCUACACCCUACAACUUAUCACGCUUUCCCAUUUUAUCUCUAAUUCCCGCCAGAACAUAUCUCUCUCUUCUUUUUCAACCCCGCAUAUCUCUUUCAUAUCUCCCCUACAGCCAACAUGUUCAUCGCCCGAUCGGAAUAUGACCGUGGAAUCAACACCUUCUCUCCGGAGGGGCGUCUCUUCCAGGUCGAAUACUCUCUUGAAGCUAUCAAAUUGGGCUCCACUGCGAUCGGUGUAGCGACCUCGGAAGGUGUCAUUCUGGGCGUGGAGAAGCGCGUCACCUCCAGCCUCCUCGAGGCUUCCUCCGUUGAGAAGAUCGUCGAAGUCGACCAGCACAUUGGCUGCGCCAUGUCCGGUCUGCAGGCAGAUGCCCGGUCCCUGAUCGAGCACGCCCGCGUCGAAUGCCAGAACCACGCCUUCCACUACGCCGAACCCCUCAGAGUCGAGAGCUGUACCCAGGCGAUCUGCGAUCUGGCGCUGCGGUUCGGAGAGACGGGAGAUGACGAGGAGAGCGUGAUGAGCCGGCCCUUCGGUGUCGCUCUGUUGCUCGCCGGUAUCGAUGAGGAUGGACCUCAACUAUACCACGCCGAGCCGUCGGGUACAUUCUAUAGAUACGAUGCCAAGGCGAUUGGCUCCGGCAGCGAGGGUGCACAGGCGGAGCUGCAGAACGAAUACCACCGCUCGUUGACGUUGGCGGAGGCAGAGACUCUGGUUCUGAAGACGUUGAAGCAGGUCAUGGAGGAGAAGCUGGACGCGAAGAACGUCCAGCUCGCCAGCGUGACCAAGGAGAAGGGAUUCCGCAUCUACAACGACGAGGAGAUGGGCCGGGCUGUUGCGCAACUCGGCGGGAACCAAUGAGGGAGAUGAUAAUGCUUGGGAAUCUCGAUGAGCCAAUGUGUAUGUCGGCAAUGGUACCUAGUAGUCUUUGGAGGGAUCUCUGUUGGGCCAACCCCAUAGAAAAGAACAAUGACUUGUCUAAUGAUCUAUAUAUCA